AUGGCCGCCUCUAUCGCACUCUCUUCCGGAGCGUCUCUUCUCGCCGCUCCUCGCGUUCACAUCCAGCCAACCGUGAGGUCACGAGUCGGUCAACGGGUGGGUCCCGCGAGGGCUCUAUUCGGCGGCGGCAAGGACGGCGAUCUGAGCGCCGAUGGCGCCAAAAACGCGGGGCCGUUCGGCAACAUGGCGAAUCUGUUCGAGACGGUGCGCAAGGCGCAGCAGGUGGUGCAGGUGGAGGCCGUCAAGGUGCAGAAGGAACUCGCCGCGGCUGAGUUCGACGGCUACUGCGAAGACGAGCUCGUAAAGGUGACGCUGACUGGCAACCAGGAGCCAUGCCGGUGUGAAAUCACCGAUGCUGCUAUGGAGCUCGGGGCAGAGAAGCUGGGCGAGCUGAUCACAGAGGCAUACAAGGACGCCCAUCAGAAGAGUGUCACGGCGUAUUCUAACUUCAAAGAGAUCCUCAAGGCGUUGCGCAAUCCCGAAACCCAAGCCGCCGCGAGAAGGUUCCUGGCGGCGCUGGAGGCGGCGAUGCCAGCGGAGCCCGCGGAGGAGGUGAUGCGCACCUUCAACUUCCGCAUCCACACGCUCGCGCUCUCCCCGCUCCCCCACUCCGACCACGACCCUGCAGGGACACAUCAAAACGGAGCUGCUGGCGCCGCCAGCACCAAUGGCAAUGGAGCCGCAGGGGAGAGCACAAGCAGCAGUGCAGGAGGAGCGCGGCAGACGCUAGCGCUGGUGGAGCUGCCGUCCAUCUUCAUCCCCGAGGACUGGUCCUUCACCUUCUACGAGGGCCUCACCCGCCACCCUGACGCCGGGUUCACGGGCCGCGAUGUCGCCGAGCUGGGGUGCGGCAACGGGUGGAUCUCCAUCGCCCUCGCGCACCGCUGGGCGCCCAGGAAGGUGUACGGGUUGGACAUCAACCCGCGGGCGGUGCAGGUAGCGUGGAUAAACCUGUACCUCAACGCGCUCUCCCCACUGGACGGGCUGCCCGUGAGGGACAGCGAGGGCCUGUCGCUGCUGGACCGCUGCGAGUUCCUCGAAUCCGACCUGCUGGGGGCGCUCUCUCAGCGCGGGGUCACUCUCGACCGCAUCGUCGGCUGCAUCCCCCAGGUGCUGACACCAGACCCCAAGGCGGCGCUCAAGAUAGUAUCGGAGACGAUGAGUGAGGAGUUUCUCUACUCGCUCUCCAACUACUGCAGCCUGCAGGGGUACGUCGAGGACCAGUUCGGCCUCGGCCUCAUUGCCCGCGCCGUCGAGGAGAGCAUCGCCGCGCUCAAGCCCGCGGGUGCGCUGCUGAUGAACAUGGGCGGCCGCCCCGGCAUGGCGGUGUGCGAGCGCCUGUUCCGCCGCCGCGGGUUUGAGAUCCAGAGGCUGUGGCAGACGCGGGUGUUCCAGGCGGCGGACACGGACAUACAGGCGCUGGUGGAGAUCGAGAGGCAGAGCCGGCACCGCUUUGAGUUCUUCAUGGGGCUCGGCAUGGGGGCGGCUACUACCGGUGAUGAGCCCAUCAGUGCGCGGACGGCGUAUGCGUUUGCCAAGGCGGGUGGGAGGAUUGCGCACGGGCUCACGGUGUUUGAGUGCCGCCUGCGCCAGCCCAACCACGUGAGUGGUAUUGGGGCGUGGGGGCGUGGCGUGCUGGUCCAUGUCGUGAAGGAGCUGUUCCGGUGGCUGGCGCGCCCAGAGUACGCAGCGACGCGCAGUGCAGUGGACCUCGCCUUCACCUCCACCGCCGUGGCAGACGAGAAGACGCCCUUCCUCGCCACGCUGCUGCGCACGCUGCACCACGCCUCCCUCGCCCCCGCGCCCUCUGCCUCCCUGACCCCCUCCCCCCCCGCACUGUGCCCGUCGGACGAGCCCCCUGCGGGCACGCUGCGCUUCCGCUCCCAGGUCGCCGGCUUCCUCCGCCUCUACUUCCGCGCCCCCCUCUCCGCCCAGAACGUGGUGGUGCUGCCCACGAGGGCCACAGCAGUGGAGAACAUUCUGCGCCUCUACCUGCCCGGCCUCGCCCUCGUUGACGCCUCCCUCACUCGCCACCUCCCCCCCUCCUGGCUCGCCUCUGCCCCGCCUGAUGGCCCGCCCUCAGAUGCCACCACUCACGCUCAGUCCACCCCGGUGGUGCUGGAGGCUCCCAGGCGCAGCGACCUGCUGCUGAAGCUGCUGCGCGCGCUGCGCCCGGCCGUGCUCAUCGCGGCACUCCCCGACUUUGAGAUGCGCUCGCCCACGGCGGUGCACCUGCUGCUGGCGGCCGCAGCGGAGACGCACACGCGCGUCUUCUUCGACAUCUCCGACCACCUCGAGCUCUCCAGUGUGCCGCCCAGCAACGGCGUGCUACAGUACCUCGCGGAGCAGGCGCUGCCGCCCCACGCGGGGGUGAUCUGCGGUCUGGUGCGCAACCAGGUGUACAGCGACCUCGAGGUCGCCUUCGUGCUGGCGGAGUCGCGGGCGCUGCUGGCGUGGCUGGCGGGGAUGGGCGAGCUGACGUACUUCAGAGUGGCGCGCAUGAAGCAGCUCUACUACGGCUGCCUGCUCGACGAGCUCCUCUCCUUCCAGAUCCCCGACCGCCACACCGUCGCUGAGCGGCCACUGCAGGACGACCCGCCGUCGUCGCCCUUCAUCUCCAUCCACCCCAAUGCUGCACGCGCCUUCAACCACCCCACCCUGCGCACCCUCUCCCUCACCCACGCCCUCGCCUCGCCCUCCUCCUCCUCCUCCUCCUCCACCACCACCGCCACCACGGGCAGCACAGCAGCAGCGCAGGCAGGGGCGGGCCCCACAGUGCGCAUGGACGUGGGGUCGGGAGCGCUGCCAGCGCCAUCAGUGGUGCAGCCGCUGGUGGUGGAGGCGUUCGUGCGCCAACACCUCAGUGACGCCGAGACCGACCCCCGCACUGAGAUCCUGCACUUGCUGCACCGUGAGUUUGGGGUGAGGGCGGAGGGCACGACGGUGGUGACGGGGGACGGGUCGCGGGUGCUGUUUGUGCGCCUCAUGGCGGCCUGUGCUGCCGAGGGCGGCACGGCAGUGUUCCCAGCGGGCUCGUACGGCACGUGUCUGGCGGCGGCACGCCUGUGUGGCUGCCAGGUCAACGUGCUGCCCGUCACCUCGGCGGACACGCGCUUCACCCUCACUGCGGACCAGCUGGAGGCAGCGCUAGCAGGGAUCACCCGGCCGUGGCUGGUGCUGUCAGCGCCGGUGGUGAACCCCACGGGGGCGCUCUACUCGCCCGCCCACCUGGCGUCGCUGCUCGCCGUGUGCAUGCGCGUGGGCGCGCGGGUCAUCCUCGACUCCGCCUUCCACUCCCUCACCUUCCACGCCCUACCCCACCUGCUCCUUGAACCCUACCUGGGCCGCACGGGGGAUGACGUGGAUGGGGAGGGAGAGGGAGAGGGAGAGCGGAGGGAGAAGGCGCACGAGCACUAUGCGCUGGUGCUCAUGGGGGACCUGUCACCUCAGCUGUCCACGCUGGGCAUCCAGUUUGCCUACGUGGCAUUCUGGGAGUCGUCCUUCAAGGAGGCCCUCAGCACCGCGGUGCCACCUCAUCGCACACUGCGCUUUGCUGUCAAGCGGAUGCUAUCCAACGAGGUGGCGGCUGAGCUGGCAGGGGAGAUGGCAGUACGGCGCGAGCAGCUGCAGCAGAGGGCGGACCAGCUCUGCCAGGUUCUCUCAAGCUGUGGCUGGGACCCCAUUCGUCCAGAGGGCGGAAUAUUCCUGGUGGCACGCCCUACAGCCUACGAGGGCAAGCAGUUCACGUACCAGCCGCCGUCAACCAACGGCGAUCAAGAGCCGCAGCCUGUCACAGUCACACUCGAUAGUGUCAAUAUAUCCGAGGCUUUGUUCUCGACGACAGGGCUGAUGAUCAACAACAGCGACUGGACGAGCAUUCCCGGCUACUGCCGCUUCGUGCUGCUCCUCGACGACCACCGCUUCACCCUCGCCCUUCAGUGCCUGGACAAGUUCCACAAGCUGGUUCUUGCCAGCUAG